CGGACAAGUCGCGCUGCUACAACUUUUCAUAUCACCCCCCCACUCGUACACAAGCAUGAGCACCUUAAAUGUUAACGCAGCUUACUUUCAUAGUAUGCAUUGAUAAUUGACAACAGCAUAGAAAACAAACAGUUGUAGGCGUUAGAGACAGACCGCGCACAUUAACUAGAUCCCGCUUGUUAGGGAAAGAAAAAUCAGUUGCAUAAAGUUCAAUUGGAUUAACUAUAGUAUCUUAAGCAGUUGCGCAUAAUUCAAUUAGCUUCCGCGCCUGCCGACGUUGCGACUUCCGUCCGAGUUUAAAUAAGCCCGUUCUGUCGUCAGGACUACACUGACCAUCUUGGCCAGUUUAAUUGCAAUCCUUCAAUGCGAUCUACAUGUCGAGGCCCGGCGCAACGCGCCUGGGUUCCAACGCUUCCGGCGCGCAUUACAUGGCUGUUGCCGCUGCUAGUGCUGCCGCUAGCGUCAGCUGCAACCGUCAAUUGGAGACGUGCACUUCUGGAUGCAGCAGACAGUUACCCUUGCUCCAUGGAAGGUCCUGUCGCGGUGUUCAGGCCUAGCAGCGGGCCGCAGGCCUGGCUGUUGAGUGAGGUUCGCCUUCCCGCCUUUCGACUUGUACCUGAUGAUAUCGCUUCCGUUGAUGUCUCUGAUAUCAUGCAUGGCAGUGUCGUAGCUGUGACGGGCACUUGCACCGACAGCACCCGCACCCUCGCCGUCUCCUCUCUUCGCUACCCAACCACCGAUUUCGACGAUUCCCUAACCGCCCUAGCGGACCAGCCGGGAACAGGCGUCGACGCCUCCAUGAUCCACGAAACGUACGGCAACGCAGCCGCCCGGAAGAAGCCGCCGCCGUCGCUGCCGUCACCUCCAUCUCUGCCCCCUCCCACCCCACCGCGCAGGAAGAAGUCCCCUCCUCCCUCGCCGCUACUGCCCUCCCCGCCCUCGCCUCUUCCAUCCCCUCCGCCACCUUCGCCCUCUCCGCCUCCGCCUUCGCCGCCGCCACCCUCCCCCUCGCCUCCGCCGCCCAAGUCCUCGCCCAUGCCCCCUCCGCCUGCCAAGUCCCCACCACCUAAGAAAUCACCACCACCUGCCAAGUCCCCACCCCCGGCCAAGUCCCCGCCACCGCCCUCGCCUUCGCCUCCAAUGUCGCCGCCUCCGCCUCCGCCCGGCGUCAUCCAGCCCCUCUCCGACCAGUAUAACCCCAACAUCAACAACACAUGGAGCGUUCUUCCGGGGGCCAAGCGCUUGACUACGCUGGUGAUGAUUGUCGGGCUGUGCAACCAGCCUGCCGAGUACAGCCCUGAGGACAUGCAGCAGCGCUGGUUCAAUGCCUACGCCACACCUCAGUUCGCCAAGGAUGGUACCUUUGAGUAUCUAUCCACGCAAUGCUCGUAUGGCAAGUGGCAGUUCCAACCGCAGGACAACGUUGUCGUACCCUUCAUCGUCAACGUGCCAUGCAACGGUACGGGUUCCAUGGGCGCCUGGACUGCCACCAACUGCCGCGACAUUGACCGCAUGGGAUGGGCGGAGGCGGCCGUGAAGUACGUCCGUGCGAACUCUGACAUUGAGCCCAACGACUUCGUGCACAAGAUUGUUCUGUUGCCGUUUGCAACCGCCAACUGUAACCCAAGUCUGGCCGCUCUGGCCAUGCAGAAUUGCGCUUGGUACGGCAAUUGCUUCGUCUGGUCCUUUGGCGAGCCCAGUCCCCGCAGUCUUAUCCAUGAGGUGGGUCACAACAUGGGCCUCUUCCACUCCUGGAGCUGGCCGGACCUCAACCAGUACGGCGAUACGGCCGCUCUGAUGGGCCUCGGACCCAGCCCGGUGUGCUGGAACGCGGCUCAGAGCCAGGCGCUCGGCCUCUCCACUGCAAUUGCCAACCUCACAGCCGCCUCGCUGGCCGCAGCCUCUUGGCAGACGCUGCGGCUGCCGGCAACCACCCUAACCGACAACAACUAUGUGUCGGUAGCAACCUCCUGGAUGGCCGACCCGGUGCUUCGCAAGGGCUACAUCUACCUCAGCUACAAAGUGGCACGUCAAGCUGAGGCAGGACUGCCCAGGGAGUUUGACGCCAGGGUGCAUAUCCACUCCUACACCGGCGAGAUCGCCCUGUCCAAUCGGAACUACACGCUCCUCGUCGGCAACGUCACGGCCGGGCAGCAGUGGCCUCCUGCCAAGCAGGCUGGCACCGCGGCCUACCCCUGGAACCUUCUGGUAGUGGCUAUCAGCACGCCCAAGAACGCCUCCUCUGCGGACGGUUUGACGGCCACGGUUCAGAUCUGUCGCUUUGUGAGCAGCUCAGCGGAGUGCGGCAAAGCACCUCUAAGCGUGGCAGCCAGCCGACGUCGUGAGGCCGCGGCGGUGGAGGCCUUAGCGCCAGCUUCGCGCGAGGAGGACGUGCCGCGACCGGUUUGUGGAGAUGGCAUCUGCCAACAAGGUGAGAACGCGCUGAGCUGUCCAUCGGAUUGCUGCGGCUCCGAAGCUCACGCGGUUGCUUGCGGCGAUGGGCGUUGCGACGCCUGGGCGGGCGAGAACUGCGCUACCUGCCCUCAAGACUGCGCUCGCGUCCGCGGUGCUGACAUCUUGCCCUUCCCCAUCGACUCUAGAGGGAAGAUCGGGUUUGGCAGCGACGACAAGCGUUCUGCUUCUUCGAGCCCUUGGUAUUGCUGUGGAGGCGGCGUUGAGGGAGAUGGAUGCGCAGCAAAGGGCUGCGGGAUGCCAUCUUGGGGCCACGGCAGCAGCGGCCGCGGCAACGUCUGUCGAUCUACUUGUGCCGCGCCAGGUCUCGCAAAGCUUCGAGGCCGGUUAGCCGUCCAAUCGAGUAGGUAACUAGAUGUGGGAGCUGCCAUUGCAGAACCCACUGUCUAGACAAGCUAGGAACGUAUGAGGACGUUGUAGGAAGAAACGCCUGAUUUGGAUAAGGAAUGUAUAGAAUAUUCAUGCACUAGCAUGGCUGCAAUUCAGCCUAAUUUACUAGGUACUAGACAGGAGUAGAGUAGACAUUCACGGAAACGAUACAGACGAGAUAGCAAUAGGAGCUAACCACGUCGUCACGGGGUGUAGGCUUGGCGUAUAGCGGUUUGAGAUUGUCGAAAAGGUCUAUACACAUACAUAUGGAGUAAUGCUAAGUGGAGGUGUUUUAGAGUGGGUGCGGACGUGAUUGUGUUACCAUGCAGGCAGACAGUGUUGUUGAGGACCGCCGGGCCGGCAAUUUCGCAGAGGGGCUACACAAACAGAUACAUUUGGUAGUGCGAACUGGCAGCGCAGAGCCUGCAUGUGCAGAGGGCUCUGGGCGGAAGGGGCGGGUUUGUGUCUGGCCCCUUCCAAAGCAGGAUAUGUGUUUGGUGCUCAUUGGGAUGUCUAGCUAUUUUCCGGCUUUUGAAUGCUGUUGUGGUGGACCCUUCUGGCUGCUGUGGUGUGUGCUAAGGGGAUAUACCCGCAAAGCUUUGGCAUCAACAUUUUGUUCACGGGUCCAAUCUACCGGGGUACUGAAGAGACCGGACGGAAUUUUUCGGAACCGUCCAGGUGUGUUGGUAGGACGUAGUCCGCACAUUGGGUAUGCUGCAGGUACUUGAAUGUUUAGGCUAUCAGUACGCGGGAGGUUGCACAUGGUGGUGAUUAAUAAUGUUCCGAAUGCUGUUUUGGAGUGGUAAGUAUGUAUGGCUGAAUCUGGUAUGGGUUACAUCAUGACUGGGGCCAAGUUGCCAAUGGUUGAACCUUACUUGCCUUUGACGUUACUUUCUAGGAAAUGCCACAUGGCACAAUUAAUUUCUUUGACUACAUGUCCUACAUUACAUGGGGGCGAUGUGUUGCAAGCAAUGAUGUCACUGACGCAUGCAUGCUGUGUUGCUGUUAACUGUCAGCCAGUGAGUAGUGCUGUUUGUAAGGAACAUCUCAGA